CAGCAGCCUCGAUCACGUGAUCACCGCUGCUUUCCCCCCGUUCUGCUCCCUGUCCUGGGCCUGUGUAGGCACUUCCAGGGGCUCCUCCUGUGAGGAGCAGCAGCGCGCUGCCAGACGUGGAGAGAUUAAUCAGUGACAGGGACCUGCCUCUCGGAGCAGCGACCCGCCGUGGCCAGGACAGCCUCUGCCAGGCCAGCCCCAGGAGUUUCCCCGUCCAGGUCCCCGUCGGCUGCUCACCCACCUGCCGCUGCCAUGGGGCGUCUUGGGGCGCUCCUCCUCCUGCUGGGGGCCCUGGGGGCGCUCGCUGACAUCUGCAACAUACCCGAGGUGGACAGCAGCCUGGUGCAGAGUCUCGGCCAGCGCCUCUUGCCCUGGAUGGACCGGCUCUCUCUGGAGCACCUGAACCCCAGUAUCUACGUGGGCCUGCGCCUCUCCAGCCUGGAGGCCAGCACCAAGGAGGCCCUCUACCUACACAGCCUCAAGGUCGAUUACCAGCAGAGCCUCCUGAGGCUUGCCCCCAGCGAUGACAACGGUGACCUCCAGGCCAAGCCCUCCAUGGGCCAGCUGGCUCUCUACAUGCUCGCUCUCAAGGCCAACUGCGAGUUCAUCGGAGGCCAUAAGGGGGACAGGCUGGUCUCCCAGUUGAAGCGGUUCCUGGAGGACGAGAAGAGGUCCAUUGGGCACGAUCACAAGGGCCGCCCCCACACCAGCUACUACCAGUACGGCCUGAGCAUCCUGGCCCUGUGUGUCCACCAGAAGCGGGUCCACGACAGCGUGGUGGGCAAGCUCCUCUAUGCCGUGGAACAUGACCACCACCUCCACCAGGGCCACCUCUCUGUGGACACCGUGGCCAUAGCGGGCUUGGCCUUCACCUGUCUGGAGCGCUCCUACCUCAACUCCGAUCUGAGACACCGGAUCACCCUGGCCAUCAGGACAGCGCAGGAGAAGAUCCUGAGGGCCCAGACCCCCGAGGGCUACUUUGGGGAUGUCUACAGCACCCCUCUGGCGCUGCAGCUGCUGAUGACCUCCCCUAUGCCCGGGACGGAGUUGGGCACAGCCUGCCUCAACGCGAGGGCCGCUCUGUUGGCCAGCCUGCAGGACGGGGCCUUCCAGAACGCCCUCAUGAUUUCCCAGCUGCUCCCUGUCCUGAACCACAAGAGCUAUGUGGACCUCAUCUCCCCGGACUGCCUGGCACCGAGAGUCAUGUUGGAGCCAGCGACGGUGACCCCCUCACCGAUGCAAGUCCCAGAGUUCAUCCAUGUGCUGCUGAAGGUCCCCAGUGUCUGGCCGCCGUACAGACACUCCAUCUCCGUGCCUGCGGGGUCCUCCUUGGAAGAUGUCCUGAUGAAGGCCCAGGAGCUCGGAGGAUUCAUGUAUGGAACCCGGGCCAGCUUGUCCGGCCCCUACCUGACCUCUGUGAUGGGGAAAGAAGUAGGAGAGCGUGAGUUCUGGCAGCUGGUCCGAGCCCCCGACACCCCGCUGCAGCAAGGUAUUGCUGACUACAGACCCAAGGAUGGAGAGACCAUCGAGCUGAGGCUGGUCACCUGGUAGCCCCCAGCUCACCUCCCCCGGCCGCCUCGAACAAUCUCUGCACCUCUACCCUCCGCCGUCCAGGCACGUGUCUGGCCCUGCACUUGGAGCAAUGUCCCCGGAUCAGCCAGCCACCACCCCUGCACUGCUCCUAAGCCACUGCCCACCUGGGAGGAGGGAGCCAGGCUCCCUCCUGUCAGGAACCAAGAGUCGGUCAAAGGAUUAACUCUGACCUUCAGUAAGUUACUGAAACUAGGCCCACUUCCUCUUGCCUGAGGACAAAGCAUUUCUUCUGUAGCCGCCCUUCAACCGCCACACCCUUUAUCUAUAGUUACGACUUUAGCCGAUUAUCUAGGUCAGCCCCCACCCCUCCUAGGCAUCCACCCUUCUAGAAAUCACAUAUAAGGAACGCUGUAAAAAUAAAGUUUUGAGGCUUGAUCAGAAUCCCUUU